GGGUGUUCAGCUGGGCUUGACGGAUUUCCGCAUUUUAAAAGCCAGCAAACCUCGACCCCGCUGAACUCGUGGAACUCCAAGCUCCGUAGCUUUCCACACAUAUUUUUUGGAAAAACUCUGCCAUUAUAAGAAGGAAAUCUCUCUAAAAACGCGCCAAAUUCCUUAUAAAUAGAGUUUUUGUUAUUAAAGCAAUUUACUGGAAUAGUAAAUCUCCGCCAUGUGUUGUGUGUACGCUCUGUUAUCACUUUGAAAAGCCAAGGCACGAGUUGUUUUCACAUGGAAAACCACGUAGUGAUAACAGCGUUCUCGGGUCUCUCCAUUUAUCUCGCCCGCUACUCUUACGUAAAUAGGUGUCUGUGAGCACGGCAAUUUGUUUGCCAUUAGCUGCGAGUGUGGUUCAACAACACCAGUGUUUACUGUUUGAUUGUUCAUAUUCAAGGUGCCACAAAUGAUCUUUGUUAAUUGUUUAUCUUCGCCGCUCGCACAUAAUUGUUGUUUGUUUAGUAGUCAUCGUUUCCGAUUGUGCGUAGUCGUGACAACAGAGCGUUUUUAAUUGAAUCGCUCUGUUUUGAUUGUCUAUUUAUAAAGCGGGUUCCCUGCACAUGUGCUAUCAUAUCAUACCAUACUUCGUAUGGAAAUUUAUUAGCUUUUAAAGCAUUUUUAGGCACAAGUUUGGCAUGUGAUCUUGCUCUUCUGACGCAUUUCUAUUUAUGAUAAUGCUAAUAUAGCAGCUAACACAUUAUCUUCUUAUAUUAUUGGUCGGCACACCCUGUUCCAAAACAUCCAGACUUUCCAAUUUACGUUGUCUAUUUGGCGCAUUGAAUAUUUACUUAAUUAAAAUAAAUAUUUGCCUGAGAUCGCCCGCAGAUUUCGAGCACUCCCCUAAUAACUAAUAAGUGAGUCAUAAAGAUCUCUUGCGUCAGUUUGCCCGAUCAAUUAGCGUAAAUGGAGCCAGAUCCAAAUGGAAACCACACUCGCAACUAACAACUCCCUUCCAAUUCGAAGUCACGCUCCAAAUUUUUGGAGCCCAGCACCGCUGGUCACUGGACUUAUUUGGGACGCCUCUCUAGGUCGGUCAAUACGUCACUUUUGAUUGUCCAGACAAGACCGCCUUUAUUAUUAUUGUUUACCUUUGGCAACAUGGCCAAUUGUCACUUCCCCUUUAACCGCUUUCAUUCACAAUUGGCUAAUUUGUCGAUGAUUAAGCUUUUGAUGCACUCGCAAAUAGCAGAGGUGGAAAAAAACGCGAGACUCACUCAUUCACACGCUCUUAACAAUUGGCCGAAAUUAAUUUGCAACUCGGCUAAAUGCUGUUGUGUAUUGCAUGGAUUGCAAGACUAGUUCGGUGCGUAAUUCCCCAAAUCCGGUAGGGAUUGUGGUUUUCCAAGAUAUUUAAAAUAGGUAAUAGGUUGUUUUUUGAAGUAGUUUUCAUAUUCUGAGCACUGUUUUGGUUUGAUUUUAUAGUACUAUUGUACUGCCCGCCACUGUGCCUUUUGGCCGCUUGUCAAAGUUGGUAGAUCAACAGGCCAUAAACAAAAUCAAUCCACAAACGUGAGGCAAGUCGCAAAAAACAUGGAAAGUUUACAACACCGUCGUCGACGGCAGAAACACAGCAAGUGAAACACAGCAACUGAAACAGCAAACGUGUGUGGCUUUUGCAAUAUAAAUAACAAAUACAUUAUUGUGAUUUUGUUAGCAACAUCAGAGGCCUGAAAACCAAACCGUAGACAUCGCCAUUCCCAGUGACUCUUCAAAUAUUCCGUGCGCGAAACUGCAGAGCUCUUUGGUUAUGCAAAAGACCUCCGAAAAUAACAAACAACAGGCACAAAAACAUAAACUAAACUCUGGUGUUGGUGUUGGUGCUUUUGCUGGUGGAGUUAAAGACAAACGAAUCACGUCGUCGCCGCCGCUGCUGGUCAAGUGAAAUUUUUCACUUUCGUAAUGAAAAUCAAACAUUAUCCGGGCAAAGCCGUCGAUGCGAGUCUCUCGCUGGAGGGCAGCAGUGCCAUGGGUGCACUGUACGAAGCCAACUGGCUGAGGGCUGCAAAUCAGCCGGCUCCAACGACCACAACGGGCUCCAAAUUGAGCAGACAAAGCAGCUCCGCCGGCAGCAGUUUCCUCAUCGAGGGCAUCUCCGCCCUAAGCAAGUACCAAAUGACCCUGGAGAAUAUCCGGCAGUUGGAGCUGCAGUCACGGGACAAACGCAUAGUGAGCACCAUCAAGGAGCUGAAUGGCUACAGGCCAUCGCCACUGCAGCAUCAUCAGCAGCAGCAGAUGCACAACGGUUGGGUGGCCGAGGAUCAGGAUCAGGAGCAGGUGCACGAACACGAUCACGAUCACGAAGAGCUGGAAGUCACCUCGCAGGGAAAGCAGAAGUUGGCUAGUAACCAGGAACCACCUGCAGUUAACCACUACGUACUGGAUCCCACGGAGAGACCAAGAGUUCCGAGACCGCGGCAACAAUUCUCCGUGAAACCGCCGUCCCUGCGUCGCUCCCAAACCAUGUCGCAACCGCCCAGUUAUGCCACCUUGAGAUCGCCACCGAAAGUCAAGGAAAAUCUCAGCAACAGUUCCUCCGCCUACUCCACAUUCUCCUCGGCUGCAGAGGAUUCGCAGGAUCAAGUAGUGAUCUGCCAGCAGCCACAGAGACUGAUGGUUCCGCCACCCAGAGAACCGCCUCCCGAGCCACCUAAAAAAAGGGUCUCGAAACCUCUGAGCAGAUCACAAACUUCGGUUCAGCGCUACGCCACGGUUAGAAUGCCCAACCAGACCACGUCGUUCAGCAGAAGUGUGGCCAGAACUAGGGACUCCACCGCUUCCCUGCGACGCCUCAGCUUGGAGCAGGCUAUUGAAGGACUCAAAUUGGAGGGGGAGAAGGCUGUGCGUCAAAAGAGUCCACAAAUCUCACCGGCUGCCAGCAGCAAUGGCAGCUCCAAGGAUCUCAACGGGGAGGGUUUCUGUAUACCACGACCCCGCCUCAUCGUUCCAGUGCACACAUAUGCCCGCCGACGCAGGACGGGCAAUCUCAAGGAGCAGUCCAGCGGUGGCCAGGAGGAGGAGGCAGAGCAGGAUGGACGCGUGGAGGUUUCCCGCGAGGGCAAGUACCUCUCCACGCUGUCGGGUGCGAAGGUCCUUGGCGAACUGGCGAUCCUGUACAACUGCCAGCGAACGGCGACCAUCACCGCGAUCACCGAGUGCAACCUGUGGGCCAUCGAGCGCCAGUGCUUCCAGACCAUCAUGAUGCGAACGGGCCUCAUCCGGCAGGCGGAGUACAGCGACUUCCUCAAGAGUGUGCCCAUCUUCAAAGACCUGGCGGAAGACACGCUCAUCAAAAUCUCCGAUGUCUUGGAGGAGACGCACUACCAGCGCGGCGACUACAUUGUGCGCCAGGGCGCCAGAGGCGAUACCUUCUUCAUCAUCUCCAAGGGAAAGGUGCGUGUGACGAUCAAGCAGCAGGACACGCAGGAGGAGAAGUUCAUACGCAUGCUGGGCAAAGGGGAUUUCUUUGGGGAGAAGGCUCUUCAGGGCGAUGAUCUGCGCACGGCGAAUAUUAUUUGCGAGUCCGCCGAUGGCGUCAGUUGUCUGGUCAUCGAUCGCGAGACCUUCAAUCAGCUGAUUUCCAAUCUGGACGAGAUCAAGCAUCGCUACGACGACGAGGGCGCCAUGGAACGCAGAAAGAUCAAUGAGGAAUUCCGAGACAUCAACCUCACAGAUCUGCGCGUCAUCGCAACCCUUGGAGUUGGAGGCUUCGGUCGCGUAGAGCUGGUCCAAACAAAUGGAGAUAGCUCCAGGUCCUUCGCCCUCAAGCAGAUGAAAAAGUCACAGAUUGUGGAAACGCGACAGCAGCAGCACAUCAUGUCCGAGAAGGAGAUCAUGGGCGAGGCCAAUUGCCAGUUCAUCGUGAAGCUGUUCAAGACCUUCAAGGACAAGAAGUACCUGUACAUGCUGAUGGAGAGCUGUCUGGGCGGCGAACUCUGGACGAUUCUGCGGGACAAGGGCAACUUCGACGACAGCACCACCCGCUUCUACACGGCGUGUGUGGUGGAGGCCUUUGAUUACCUACACUCGCGUAACAUCAUCUAUCGUGAUCUGAAGCCGGAAAACCUGCUGCUCAAUGAACGCGGUUAUGUGAAGCUGGUGGACUUUGGCUUUGCCAAGAAGCUGCAGACGGGCAGGAAGACCUGGACUUUCUGCGGCACUCCAGAGUACGUGGCUCCCGAGGUGAUUCUCAACCGGGGUCAUGACAUCAGUGCGGAUUAUUGGUCGCUGGGAGUGCUCAUGUUCGAGUUGCUUACUGGCACCCCUCCAUUCACGGGCUCGGAUCCCAUGCGCACCUACAACAUUAUACUUAAGGGUAUCGACGCCAUCGAAUUCCCAAGGAAUAUCACCCGCAAUGCCAGCAACCUGAUCAAAAAGCUCUGUCGCGACAAUCCCGCCGAGCGAUUGGGCUACCAGCGUGGGGGAAUCAGUGAGAUCCAGAAGCACAAAUGGUUUGAUGGCUUCUAUUGGUGGGGCCUGCAGAACUGCACCCUGGAGCCGCCCAUUAAGCCCGCCGUGAAAAGCGUGGUCGAUACCACCAACUUUGAUGACUAUCCCCCUGAUCCAGAGGGUCCGCCACCAGACGAUGUCACUGGAUGGGACAAGGACUUCUGAGGAGAUUCCGAAGCCGUUUCCUAGACGUUGCUCUCUAAACGCUUCUGCUGCGGAAAACUAGAGAAGAUGAUAGCCAGGGAGGAAAAAUUGAUCUUAAGUGCGCCAUAUGUACGCCAAAGCCAACAGCAACAGUCAGCAGCUCGCAUCGAAAAGCUGCCCCAAAAAAAAACAAAGAAACGUAGCAGUCGCAAGGCCAAGGGCCGACACAAAAGCACAAUCAUUCAUCGUCGCAGCUCCAUUUGAGAUUUAUAGAUACAUACGUCUCCGUGAUGUUAUACCCAUGAUGUGCAACGCAAUGAAUUUAUUAACGAGUUUAUAACUAUUAUUUUAUAAUGAGGAUAUAUGUGUCUAGUUCGCAUGGAAUUGAUGUAAAUUGUAAGUAGGUCUGUGACUCUGUUUUAGAGCUCUGUUAGCCAUGUGCAUUGUAUAAAUUCAGCUAUUUGUAUCUAUUAAAUAUUUUUAACAUAAUUAUUACACAUCAUUGUUAAUGCAUACAAAUCGGGUUGCCUUAUAGUCUGUAAGAUAAACAUUUGAAAGCAACAUUUGACCAAGAUCUUCCGUCACACAUUUCUUUAAAUUCUAUGUGACCUCUCUACUGUCUUUCAUUAGUCUUAGCGAUCAUGUCUAUUAUUUGUACGAAUAACAUGCCCUUUUAAUUGUCUUUUUUUAAGUAAACCAGUUAGAAAUUGAAUAAACAAAUUGAUCCGAUAAA